GGGAAGAGUGAAGAAGAAUAAGAUAAACUGUGAUCUGAAGACAUGAGCAUUCCACGGUGCUAUGGAAUGCAGUUUAACAAGGAAGAAGCUACAAGAAACAUUUGAUCAAGCAGAAAAAUAAGGGGGGAAAAAGAUAAAGAAAACGGUUGUUAAUGAAUCAGCAUAAUGGAAAUCCCUGACUCAUCAUCAAUGAAACCACCUAGUCGACCUGAGCUGUUUGAUUUUGAGGGUGUUUCUAUGAUCCACUACUUCACUGACAACUGGGAAAAGGUCAAAAACUUUCAAGCAAGACCUGAUGACAUUCUAAUCGCCACUUACCCCAAAGCAGGGACAGAACUGGCUGAUAAUCUGCCCACUUCUCUUCGCCUCAUCAAAACUCAUUUACCUGUUCAGCUUGUGCCCAAGUCCUUCUGGGAGCAGAACUCAAAG